AUGAAACACAAAGUACCUGUGUUUGGCUUGACAAAGACUUACUCGAAAAUAAAAAGGAGUCUGCAUCCAGAUGGAAUAGUCCUGAUUCCUUGCUUUACACUAUGGUUCUUUACAGCACCAUAUAUCGGUAGAUGGCGAAACAUUGUUGAAAAUUUACCUAAGGAGGCUGACAAAAUUAAAUGGGAAUAUCGAAUUGGUAAAGUAGUGUGGCGAGGUGCCCGAAACGGAGAGCGAGCUUGGCUUACAGGAAUCGGUGAACAAAGAAAUAAGUCAUUAUUAGACAUUGAAUUCAUGGAUUGGAAGCCUGGUAAUCACAGUCAAAUUUAUACAGAUAACUUCAAAACUAUAUAUCAAUAUUGUGAAUAUAAGUAUUUACUACAUCAAGAAGGUUCAACGUACUCAAAUAGACUCAAAUAUUUACUACUUUGUGGAUCUCCUGUCAUUUAUGCAAAUUUUCAGGGUUGGCAAGAGUACUGGUAUCAUUUAUUAAAGCAUGAUUAUAAUGUUCUGGAAUUCAAGGCAAAAGGCAAUGAAACUCUGUUUACAAAUAUUACGGAAGAGAUUAGUAAAGACGAUAAUAAAGCAAAACGUAUAGGUAUAAAUGGUAGAGCUCUGGUACAAAAGUAUUUGAAUGAACAAGCGAUUUUGUGUUAUUUUCGUAACGUCCUGAUCGAAUAUAGCAAACUAUUUGCAUAUAAACCUGUUAGACACCCCGAUGCAAUAGAUAUUGAUGAUUUUCUUGUCGGAUAUUCAAGUUGA